AAUGCCGAACGUUCGUCUUGCCAUGUUGAUCAAUAGUGCGAAAUGAUAAUUAUUCGGUUUUUACUCGGCUUUCGCGAGUGAAUAUCAAUGUGAGUGAAUGAACAAUAAAGGAGCAGUCGAUGGCAAGAUAACAGUGAUGGAUAUCAGGUAUCUUUCGUCUAAUGCAGUGGCCUCUCCCGCCCGGCGAACUUUAUGAAAACUCCGAUAGUCGACAUCGAGGCGGUGCCAAGGUCACGAGGGAGGAGCUGAAGUCAUCGCGGCAUCUAUGUUGUGCGGCGAACUCCUGAACGGUGGCUUCGUCAGUGCCGGAGCGGUACCGGUGGUUCCGUACAGCCUUCCAGGACUCUGGUUACCCGGUUGUCUGCGUGCUACCAGCCCGCGCCUAUUGACCUCUCCUUACCUGACUCUGCUGGCCGAGCUUCUGGCCGCGGGCCGACUCGAGCUGCGAGACGAUCUCCUGGAGCUGAUGGACCUGGCAAAGAGGAGCCAUCAGGCUCCUGGCAACAACGGAGCGUCCGAGCUCGAUCUUGAUCUCCAUGCCGAUGACAUCGACGAGAUUUUCUUAGAAAACGGCCUCCUUUCCUUCGAAAAUCCCAACUAUCACCUAGAUCCAGCUCGGUUGGAUGAUGCUCUGAACAGCAAUGGAAACGGUAGUUCUCUGUACGACGAAUUGUAUCAGGAAUUGGUCGGUGGCGGUGGUAGAAGUGGCGAGGUGACUGGCGGUGGCGGGGGAGGUGGUGGAACGAGGGUGCAAGCACGCAGAACCUACGCCACAUUGGAUCUGGGCAGUAUGGGGGUGGAUGUCACCCAGGGCCCCCUGACGCAGGAUUCCGUGACGGACGACGCUCCCGACAACACGGACAACCAUAACCUAGGGUACGGCUGCGAGGGUGUGGCGGAGUCCGCUCUCGUCGACGACACCCUCAAUGGGAAUCCCCGCUCGUCGUCUACGUCGUCGUCGAGCGCGAUCCUGCCUCAGUCUCACGCCCUUCAGUCGGGAUCCGCGGGAUCGAUCGACGCUGCGGACACUUCCGGGUCGAGAAAUUAUUGCGAGAAACCCGACAACGAGACCGCAGAGAUGGGCGGCGUGCCGCAUGUGGAGGGUGGCCUGAAUAGCGAGCUAUACGCAGUGCCAGUGAAACGACGACAGCCAAAGGACCAGAAGAACAAUGCGAUUCUGCAGAACAAUACCCAGGAGAAACCGACAGACAUGGACAGUACCGAUUCCGAGGAUAAGGACGAGAAUUUGCCGCCGGGUUGGCAGAAACACGAAGAUGAGAAUGGACCUUAUUAUUGGCAUGUGAAAAGCGGAAAUAUACAGAGAGAACCGCCAGAGGCUCCUCUGCAUUCGAAAACGGAGGCACGCCGAAGCCUCGUUAAGGAUAAUGAUAGCAUAAACAAUUUUCACACUUUAAGCGGUAUGGUGAACACAGUGACUCGCAGCAACACAAGCUCGGCUCUGGAUCAGGAAUUAGAGAACAAGAGGAAGGUGGAAUUAGCGCUCAAACGAAGAAGCUAUCCUGCCAGAGCGGACUCCGAGGGUAGGGACAAGCCAAUCAGAUUUGCUGUGCGAUCCUUGGGUUGGACGGAGAUCGCGGAAGAAGAUCUGACACCCGAGAGAAGCAGCAAGGCUGUCAAUAAGUGCAUCGUAGAUCUUUCACUCGGUAGAAACGAUCUUUUGGAUGUCGUCGGACGAUGGGGUGAUGGCAAGGAUCUAUUUAUGGACUUGGACGAGGGCGCGCUCAAACUGAUCGAUCCGGAGAAUCUCACUGUACUUAACACUCAGCCUAUUCAUACAGUUAGAGUUUGGGGCGUAGGAAGAGACCACUGUCGCGAAAGGGACUUUGCUUACGUAGCAAGAGAUCGAUCGACCAGGAAACACAUGUGUCAUGUCUUUCGUUGCGACAUACCGGCGCGCACAAUUGCAAACACGCUUCGUGACAUUUGCAAGAAGAUAAUGAUCGAGCGUUCUCAACAUCAGAAUCUCGCGAAACCGGUGGACAUCAAUGGCCGAACAAGUCUCGCAACAAGACCUACGAAUCUGCCCACUGAACAUCGGCGUUUCCACAGAAACGGUCAGGCACUCGCAGCACAAUCUUUUCCAACACCGAUGGAAGAACCGAAGAAGGUAUUGCGAGCGCAGUAUCUCGGAUCCAUGCAAGUCAAUCAAGCGACUGGCAUGGAAGUGCUGAACGAGGCGAUAGAACAUAUCGUGACGAACACGCCGAUUAAUCAAUGGCGAAACGUCAACGUCGCCGUAGCUCCUAGCAUGAUUUCCAUUCUUACGCCCAACGACGACAAGCUCAUCACCGAAUGUCGAGUACGCUACCUGUCAUUCCUCGGUAUAGGCCGCAACGUAAAGCAAUGUGCUUUCAUUAUGCAUACCGCACAGGACUUGUUCAUCGCACACGUCUUCAAUUGUGAACCCAGCAGCGGAGCUCUCUGUAAGACAAUUGAAGCCGCUUGCAAGCUGAGGUACCAGAAAUGCCUGGACGCACAUCCACAGGGCUUCAGAAACGCCAGCAGUCUUAAUACUCCAAACGGCAGAGGCUUAGGCGCAACUCUGAAAUCUUUAGUUGGAUCUUUGACUGGCCGUAGGAAUAAGCAGGGCGAGUCCUGAGACGAGGCUCUCUCGCUGCAGAUUAGUCCCCCGACUGUCUAGGAACUCUGGCCACUGCCUGCUGAGCGAGAGGUGAUUCGACACAGGCAUCUGCAGUCGCCGUUGACACUUAAGUACUUCGGCGGCUCACCGCCGAGCGCGUCCCUCAAGUCGCUGCUGUCGCCCUCCCUGGACACCAGGCGUAUCCAGUUCACCCGUUGGGAAAGCAAUCCCUAGAGAAACGUCGGGAUCAAGCCUGAUGUGCCGGGAGGCAGCCGUAGAGCAAAUGGAUAUUCUCUUUACAACGUAAACGACUGAAUUUCGCGAAGAAUUGCGCAGAGUGCUAUACCAAUACCACAGCUAUAGUGGACUACGCUUACUUAUGUCGAUAUGAUGUUAUGUAUGUUAAUGCAUUGAAUCCGAUGAAGGAGAAAGGUUGUCGCGAAUUUACCGCGUUCCAUCGAGAGACAGGGAUGACGUCGAUCCUGUCGCGGAAAUCCUUAGAAGGCAGCGUAUCAGCUUGUGAGCAAUAUUCGCAAGAAAUCAAUGCUUGGAAGAAAAAACUCGGGGGAAGGUAGGAAAGCGGGGAUGGGGAGAAGAAAGCGAAAGAAUCGGAAGAGUUUGAAAAGAAAAAUUGUUUGUAUAUACAAGAUGGUGAUUAUCGCGCUAAGUUUUAAUCAAUUCGCUUGCUCGAGGGAAAGAUGAAGAAGGAGCCCGCCAGUGGGAUCUCGCGAGCGAAUCAGGUUGUAUGCGUGUCAGAGAAUGAAUGAGCUCUGCAAUUAGCGUAGUAGUAAGUGUAUAUCCGCGAAGGCAUUCGAGGUGAUUCGAGGGGAGCCAUAGAGAGCUUGCAUAUAUAUAUUAUAUAAAUAUAAUAUAUAACACAACAUACAUACAUAUUAUACACGUGCGUGUGAAAUCUUGGAUAUACAGAUUAGAGAAGCAAGGACGACGACCAGAGUACACGUAUAUGCGAGUGCGGAGAACGUAUUUCCAUUUACACACGCAUACAUACACAUACACAUAUAUACGUAUACACAGGCCAGCACCGCGACCGGGUAUUCCACGGACGUCAUCGCGUUUUCUUAUUUCGGCGAUGAUGCGCCAAUCGAGCGCGGUAGAUCCGGGGACAAUCCGCAAACACAUGCGCGCACGUUUACACGACGGCCAAUAGGGAGUUUAUUUUUUAUGGCGAAUUAAAUAGGAGCUUUAUGGGAGAGCUUUGCAGCACCUCGGAGAUCACGAAGCCGAUACGACAAAUACUUAUACCGCGACCGUCCUUUAGAUUUCAACCAGAGGUGGGGGGAGGACAAGGGGGGAGGAAUAACUUAGGCAAAAAAUCAGUGGUGUGCAAUGGUAUCGAAACCACGCGCGAUCGUAGUCGGUCGUUGUGCGCGCAAUAACGUUUACACAACACCUAGAAGAAACGCGGUGAUAAUUGUUAAACCAAGAAUAACAACGGUAUUAAUAAUUAUUAUCGUCAGUGAUAAUUGUUAUCCUCAUAAACGCAAACGCUAAAUAAUUGUUACCGCUAGGCGCAUCGUAGCACGACGAAUUGCAGUUAAAAAAAAAUCGUAUGCAUAUCAGGCCAUCGCAAUUUCUCCAAUCGUUACUCCAAUGAAUAGAGACGCAUGCUCGGAAAUAUGCUCGUACUAGAGAAGUCAUUAACACAUGAAAACACGUACGAAGACUUAUUCCCACACAGCAUUUAGACACACACGUCUCAUAUACGGUAGGAACAUAUACAAGCUCAUGGACUGCACUUCGCACUAGUGAUCGCCGCUAUCUCGUAGAAUUUAGCUGGGAACGUAACUUCGGGCAUGUUUCGGUGAUAACACUUGUAUAAAUCUGAUCGCAUCGCAUCUCCACGAUACAUAUAUACAUUCGCACGCGUGCAUACUGAUGACGAUUGAUGCGUAAAGAAGAUUCACCGCUGUUUUUCUGGUUACUAAACACUACGAUUAGACGAAACACGUGCACUAAUACAAUACACGCCUAAUUUGUAAUUAACCCUUUAUUGGUUUUAACCUUUUAAUUUUGUACGAUAAUCAUAAAAAAGAGUAACUUCUUGAUAUUUUAAGGAUUAAUAAACUAAUAAAUUGUUCAUCAAAUCCUAUGUGCCCAAUAAAUCUAAGUGGCAUUUAUCGAUGAUUACAUGUAUCCAGAGAGAAAAGUAAGCGAGAUAUGGGAUUGUGAGCCACUGAAAUUGCAUCCUCCUAUUUUCCUCGAGAGACAGCCUUUCCCAUUCAGAAAACGUAGUCCUCGUCAUCCUACGAGGACGGUCACGUCGUAUGAGCCAUCGUCGUUGCGAGAUACAAAGUUGUGCGGGACCCAGAACGAAGAUAUUUCUAUGUAGCGUUAUAAGUAAGAGAAAAAAAAACAUACACCGAGAAAAGCGAAAAGAAGAGAGGUGAGAUAUAAUAGAGCGUUACGGGAGAGUGUGCGUGAAAGAAGUAUGUAUGAAUAUAUGCUGAUCGGGGAAGGCGAUUAUUAUUAUUAUUAUCAUUAUUAUGUAAAUAG